AUGGUGGAACAAGAUCCCCAUGAAGUUCGCCAAAUGGUGCAAAGCCUAGAUGCCGCAACCAAGAGAAGCAGAAGCGAAUCGAGGAAAACCUUUAGCUGCAAAAAGUCAACCUUUGUUGUUGCCGGAUCCCAGAACAUCUCUGUGCAUUCAUGGCGGUUCAUGGAUUGGGAUUACAAGAGAUCAGACUUGCCCACCUACGCUCGCGGUCUGUUUACUACGAAACUCAAGGAUGGGCGUGAUGAAAUAUGUAUUCGGGGCUACGACAAGUUCUUCAACGUGGAUGAAGUAAACGAGACGAGGUGGCGCAACGUCGAGACCAACACGCGGGGCCCUUAUGAGCUCAGUGUCAAAGAGAAUGGAUGCAUUAUAUUCAUAUCAGGUCUGGAAGACGGCACGCUUCUGGUUUGCAGUAAGCAUUCAACCGGCAAACGGGCUGAUACACCAAUCAGCCAUGCUCAAGCUGGCGAGCAAUGGGUUGAAAGACAUCUCAGCAAAGUCGGCAAGACAGUCAAGGAAUUGGCAUUGGAGCUACGGAAGAUGAAUGUUACUGCUGUUGGCGAGCUCUGUGAUGACCGCUUUGAAGAGCACGUCCUUGCGUACGACGAAGAUGCGGCUGGAAUUUAUCUUCAUGGACUCAACUACAACCUCCCUGAAUUCACAACACUGCCUGGUUCAGAAGUACACAGAUUUGCCGAUGAAUGGGGCUUCAAGAAAGCCGAAUUCGUUGUCAUGGAGGACAUCAAGACAGUCAAGGACUUCCUGGACAAAUGCGCUGAAACGGGAUCAUGGAACGGUCGAGACACCGAAGGCUUCGUUAUCCGUUGUCAAUUAGGAGACGGCAAGUCAGACGGUUAUAGAGAUUGGUUCUUCAAAUACAAGUUCGAGGAGCCAUAUUUGAUGUACCGACAGUGGCGUGAAGCGACAAAGGCGGUAAUAGCAGGGAGAGUACCCAACAUCAGGAAGCACAAAAAGAUCACAGAAGAGUAUCUGAUAUACGCUCGACGACAAAUGGCCAAGGACCCCAAGAUCGCCAAACUGUACAACCAGAACCAUGGUAUCAUUUCCAUGAGGCAAGGAUUUUUGGAUGAGAGAGGACUGAAAGGUUCAGAAAUCAUUGCCAUGGAGAAUGAGGGGGAUCUCGAAUCGGAGAUGCCAGCUAGGAAUUUCGUCUUGGUUCCCGUUGCAUCGAUCGGAUGCGGCAAGACAACGGUUGCUUUAGCAUUGGCUAAUCUAUUUGACUGGGGCCAUAUCCAGAACGAUAACCUGGUCCAACAAAAGAAUAAAUCCCAAAAGUUCGCCUUGAUGGUAACAAACUCAUUAGCAGCCCAAAAUGCUGUCAUAGCGGACCGGAACAAUCAUCAGAAAAGAGAGAGGAAACAGCUCAUAGAUGAUGUGACGAAAAUCAUUCCCGAUGCCAAGUUCAUUGCGUUACACUGGGUCCAUGAGCCCAAGGGAUUGUUGCUAGAUGAUAUUCGGCACAUUACCAGAGAACGUGUUCUCACCCGAGGAGACAACCAUCAAACUAUCCGAGCUGGAAGCAAGGACAGUGGAGAGAUUAUCGGAAUAAUGGAGGGGUUUUUACAGCGAUUCGAGGCAAUUGAUACAGAUCGAGAACCUGACAUGUACUUCCACGAAGUCAUCGACCUAGACGUGAGAGAUUCAUCUCGUGAGAAUCUGGAAAAGAUUGUUACCAGGUUGCAUUCUGUAUAUCCGACCCUCGUCAAGCGAAUCCCCGAUAGCGCCGAGCUAGAUGCUGCUCUUGCAUCGGCACUGAACGAUUACCGCGUCGACACAGAUCUUAGCUGGGGAACCAGCAAAAAGACAGACAAGAAGGCAGAAAAGGCGUCCAAGAAGAACGACACCGCCAUCAGCGCCAACAAAGCCCAAGAUCCCAUGGUAUCGGCCAAGCACAUUGAGUAUAUCGGAAUACUGGUUCCUCCUACAGAUAUUCAGCAAGUUCUCACCUCGAUAUUCAACGACAACUCCGGCCCAGCAGAGCGAAACAAGCUGUACCACCACCUCAAGAACUCGCGCCGCAUCCAGCCCAGUUUCCAUGUAACUCUGAUCCAUCGUGCAGCCAGCAGAGAACAGCCGCAGAUUUGGGAACAAUACACCGAUCUGUACAUCAACCGAAUGAACGAGCGCGUCUCUCAGGGACUACCAAUCAACCCACCCACAAAACUAGCAGAUGCCCGCGUACGCGUUGAGCGACUGGUCUGGAAUGACGAGAUCAUGGCUUUUGUCGUGCGUAUUCUGGUACCUGAGGGAAACAAUAACAGCCAGGAGAAACUCCCUUCAUCGUGGCCCUGCGCCAACGCCGUGCCACAUAUCACAGUGGGUACAGCGAAUCCGGACGUCAAGCCCAAACAGAGCAACGACCUACUACAGAAGUGGUUGGAAUUCGGGUCCGGCGGUGAUACGGGGAUUUGGGAGGCGGAGAUUCCUGGUGUCAAGGUGCUGGAGGGUAGUAUUUUGCCUGUUAUGAUGAGGGGGAAGUAA